AAAGAUGAAUGUGGCUCUAUAAAUAUAUUCCUCUAGUUGGAAUCUAUAUUAAUUCAGUUUCGUCUUAAAAAGACAUUUGGUUAGAUUGCACCAUUGGUUUUUAGGACGCAUCCAAAAUUUAUUUCCGGAAACUCGUCAAACUAGAACUUGGCUUACUCAGCAUUUAUACUAACAUUGAAGCAUUAUAAAUUUGAACACUUUGAGGGGUUAAUUCUGCAACGAUUGUUUCGUUAAUUCAUUUUCUGACUUUUUAAUGAAAACUCAAAAUUCUGGAGACCAAAUUUAUGAACCUCAAUUAUCGUUCAAUAAAAUAACCAGAGUUGAAGUAAAUUAAUCUAACAGCAAGAUAAUUACAAACUACUAAACAUAACAUCACAAACUACUACUUAAACUGAAAUUACUUGAGGGAACGUGCUGAAAAAUAUCCUCUGGCUGCUCGAGAGUGUUUAUUAAUCCAUGAAAAAUGGUUAGGAAUUCACGAGUGUUGGUUUUGGUGAGUUUUGUGGUGGUGGCAAUGGUCGUGGUUGUGACAGCGGUUCCAGCGUCUGGCAGUCUCUCCAACAACGAAGUGUACGACAGCAUCGAUGAGUCAGUGGAGGUGCCCCCGGACUGCGCACGGGGUGCCGUGUGUGGGCUGGUUGAGGUGAACGCCUUCGGCGUGAGCAGCGUACCCCUCUGUAGCUGCCCCAGGGCCAGCGCCCCAUGUCCCCUCGUGUGGGACCAAGAGGACGGCAGAUCUGUUACAGUCGGGCCAAAACAGUACAAGUUCUGCCACCAGCCCAACCCGCUGCGCGUAUGCGGACGCUCGGAGAAGGCGUACGUGUCUGCGUUUUACCUACAGCCUCCAUCCUACCAAAUCCUGUCAGGAUCCCACCGCCUCAUUUGUUACUGCCCAGCCAGCGGCCACCACCUCGUGCCAGCUCAUACACAAGAGUCCUUUGAAGACGGCAUGCUUGUUAUAUCCUCGGUACACACCUGUAACCAGCUGCCAGUUUGCCAGUCCGGAUCUCCGUGCAAAGAAAUCUCAGUGGCCGACAGCGGGUCUCAAGUUGAGGUGAAGUGCCGCUGUCCCAGACCCCUCGUCUGUCCCACCAUGUCCCGAGAAGUCAUUCCACACUCCGACAACUACAACAGAGGAUCAGGAUAUUCAGUGCAUUGCCAUCUCUUAUUUUAGAGUCCACGUUGUUAUUUAUUGUACUGCAGGAUUGUUCUAUCACAUGAUAUGGCAUGCAAUUCGGCAGUACUUCUGAAGAUUGUUGAUCAGUAAAUUUUCACACGGAGUUUACAUCGUGGAGAAAUAACCGUCAAUAUACUAAUUAAAAUUAAAUUUUAUUCUGGGAAAUUCGUUUCACUAAAGACAUUUAAACUAAUCCUCAGUUAUACUUGUGGCUAACAAAGAAAAAAUCGUCUCUCGUGAUAUUGUUUUCAAAAUAAAAUUAGUAAUAAAAUAAAAUUGUGUGUCUAAUAAUUUUUUGAGCCUCGUAUGCUUUACUUAUUUUGCUCACCUUCUACGUCAGCGUUGCCUGCUCUCUUAAUUCAUUCUUCAUUCGAUACAGAAAAUCCCUAAUUCAA